ACAUCUGCCCUGCACCCUCGUGCUUCCCCUUGCUGAGACGUGGGCUGGGGCUGGCUCUGUCCCGGGGCAGGUUAAACCGCUCUUUGCAAGGAGGAUGUGUGUUUAGUGGCAGCAUAAUAUUCCCCAGCUUGGAGGGAAACUGGAGAGUGGGUGGGACAGGGAACCAAGUCCCAUGGAGCCACGGCUGUGGUGAACCCGAAAGCACCAGGGAAAACUAAACCACCCCAAUGUUGAGAGGUUCUUGGUGACAUUUGCUUCCAUGUGCCAGAUCCUGAGCAGGGAGGCUGUAAUCCCCCCCACCCCCACGGGUCCCCAAACCGCUUUGGCCAGGGGACCCAGAACUGAGGAGGGACAAAACUUUCACGGAGCUUCAGCUGCCCGUGCUGCUGGAGCAGCCUUGAGGCUGCUCUCGCUUCACACCCUGUACCAGAGUGGGGGAAACACUCUGGGGGCUUUUCCCAGCCCUUCCAUGGUCCCCCUGAGCCUUCAGCCUCUCCGAGGAGCCUCCGUUCCCUUUCCCAUCCCUCCUCCCCCUCCGCCGGCCCCGGUGGCUCCAGCCCAGGGCAGAACAAUGCGGCCGGUCCAAGCCUCCGUGCAGCCCCGUUUCUCAGCCAACCCUUCGCCAAGUGGGAAAUCCGGGGCAGAGUAACCUACUUUCUGUGCUUACAAGGAGCUUUCUGUCCCGGCCAAGCAAGGUGGCAGGGACAGCGCUGCCCUCCCGGGGCUUGCUGUCCCGGUGGGUGGAUGGUGGCACUGGGGGAGGCAGGGAUGGUGCUGGGACCCUCGAGGGGCGCAUCCCUGCCGCCCCCCGCCAUGCCCGCCGCUGCCCUCCGCCUGCUCUGCGGUGUGGUGAUGCCGGCUGCCCUGCUCUGCGCCGAGCCCCUGCCCCGCGUCGCCUUUCCCAGCGGGGACCCCCGACGGACCCUGACCCAUUUCAGCCAGGACAACGUCUCCCACUAUGACAUCUUCCUCCUACACGAGAGCGAGGAGGAACUGUACGUGGGGGCACGAGACCGGGUGCUGGCCCUCACCGUCGGCACCCCGGGCAGCAUCCAUGCCAAAGCCUCGAUAACGUGGGGACCCACAGCCGAGAAAACCUCCGAGUGUGCUUUUAAGAAGAAGAGCCAGGAGACUGAGUGUUUCAACUUCAUCCGGGUCCUCGUGGCCCUGAACCAGACCCACCUCUACGUCUGCGGGACCUACGCCUUCAGCCCCGCGUGCACCUACAUCCACCUGGAGAACUUCACGCUGAUGUCCAGCGGCAGAGGACAACCUUUCCUGGACGGGAAGGGCCAGUGCCCCUUUGACCCCCAGCACACCUACACGGCCCUGCUGGUGGACGGCGAGCUCUAUGCCGGCACCAUGAACAACUUCCAGGGCAACGAGCCCAUCAUCUCCCGCUCGCUGGGCAGCCGGACCCUGCUCAAGACGGACGCCUUCCUCCGCUGGCUUUCGGCCGACGCCGCCUUCGUGGCCUCCUUCAGCAUCCCUGGAGAUGACAAGGUCUACUUCUUCUUCGAGGAGACGGCUGAUGAGUUUGAUUUCUUCGAGCGGCUCCUGGUGCCGCGGGUGGCCCGUGUCUGCAAGAGCGAUGUCGGGGGGGACAAGGUGCUGCAGAAGAAGUGGACGACGUUCCUGAAGGCCCAGCUGGUGUGCUCGCAACCCGGCCGCUUCCCCUUCAACGUCAUCCAUCACGCCUUCGCCCUGCCCCGCCGCGACGGUGGCGCCGACUUCUACGCCGUCUUCACCUCGCAGUGGCAGGCGGGCAGGGCGGGCAGCGCAGCCGUCUGUGCCUACAGCCAGGAGGCUCUGGAAGAGGUCUUCGAGGGCAAGUACAAGGAGCUGAACAAGGAGAGCUCCCGCUGGACGGUCUACGGUGGCCCCGACAUGAGUCCCCGGCCCGGCAGCUGCUACAUGGGUCCCUCCUCUGACAAAGCCCUCACCUUCAUGAAGGACCAUUUCCUAAUGGAUGGGAAGGUGUUACCCACCCAGGGCCGGCCACUGAUGGUGAAGACGGACGUCACCUACACGCGCAUUGCGGUGGACGAGAUUCGUGGCGUCUCGGGGGCCACCUACCGCGUCAUGUUCCUGGCCACGGCGGAGGGUUUCCUGCACAAAGCGGUGGAGCUGCCGGGGGGUCCCCACAUUGUGGAGAGCAUCCAGCUCUUCGGGACACCAGAGCCGGUGAAGAACCUACUGCUGGCCCCGGGGAAGGGCAUCCUCUACGUGGGCUACUCCGGUGGUGUCCUCCAAGUCCCGUUGGCCAACUGCAGCCUGCACCGGAGCUGCGCCGAAUGCGUGCUGGCGCGGGACCCGUACUGCGCUUGGCACAGCCCUGAGGGCUCCUGCCAGCCCGUCCGUGCCACCAACACCCAGGACACUGGGAGCACGUGGCUGCAGGACGUCGAAGCAGGGAGCCCGGCCACCAUGUGCCACCGUGGAAGGAGCAUGGGCAUGCCCCGAGCUGGGGGUGCACAGGAGGAUCCCGCCGCAGAGAGGCUCAGCCCCCCACUUAACGCCGUGGUCCGUCUGCCGUGCCCCCGCCGUUCUGCCCUGGCCAACUACAGCUGGCAGCAGCCGGGGGGCCGGGGGGACCGGGGGGACCGGAGGGACGUGGAGCUGCUGCCUGACCACACACUGGUGGUCAUCAUGCAACGGGGGACUGCGGGCACCUACAAAUGCCAGGCCACCGAGAACGGCUACACCUGGACUGUGGCUCAUUACCAUCUACGGGACCCCACCGGGGCGUCCCCGCAGCCAGACGGGUUGGCUGAGGAGGGGUUGGCCUGGGGGUCCUCCGACCCCAGCCCCCCGCGGUCUUACUGGCCCCAGUUUGUCACUGUCACCGUGCUGCUGGCCGUGACGCUGGCCGCUGCUGCCUGCCUGGCCCUCCUCGCCUACCACGACCAGCUCAAAGCCAGGAGCAAGGUGCGGGGGUGCAGCGCGCCCCACAGCCCCCCAUCCCAGCAUCGGGAGAAGGUACCCCUCAACGGGGAGACCGCAGAGCCCCCCACACCCGGAGGCCCCACUGAGGAGGAGGAGGAGGAGGAAUGCUCCCGCUCUUGCUGCCUCCAGCUUGAUGGGGAUAUCGAUGUUGAUAACAACAGGCUCCGCGUCCCGGCGGGGGACACGGUGUGACACCACCGGCUUCGGGGAGACCGUGAGGAAGCAGUGGGGUGUGGGGAUGAUGUGAAUGUGAAUUUUUUUUUUUUUUUUUUUUUUUAAUUUAAUACAUGUGUUUUAA